AUGUCGUAUCUACCAGAGGAUGUCCUGAUCGUCUUUGCACGGACAGCUGGCACUCUACUGGAUCCCUACGUCGCUCCCAUACAUGCCAUCAUCAACACAUACAUCCCUGCUCCAGUGCACUCAUUCCUCAUCCAAAUCAAAGCAUCCCACUCCCAAUCCCUGCCUCUCAUGAACCCAAUCGACGUGCUAUUGAUAAUUGCUGCUUACUUGGCCAUCGUCACCGUCGGAAUGGCUCUCAUGAAAAAUCUGCCUCGCCAAGAUGCGAAAUGGUUGUCUCUGUAUCAGAAUACGACGGCGGUCGCACUGUCAGCGUAUAUGAUGUAUGCUAUCUUGACCGAGGCGGCCAGGAAUGGGUAUACGCUGUUUGCGAAUAGGCUGGACGAGAGUGAGAAUGGUGUCAAGAUGUCCAAGCUCAUUUGGCUAUUCUACUUUUCAAAGAUAACUGAAUUCACUGAUACUUUCAUAAUGAUACUAAAGAAGAAUAACCGUCAAAUAUCAUUCCUGCACUUGUACCACCAUGCAUCUAUCUUUGCUAUAUGGUGGUUGGUUACGUAUGUUGCUCCCGGCGGUGAAGGAUACUUCUCAGCUGCCAUGAACUCAUUCAUCCACGUCGUCAUGUAUGGAUAUUACCUAUUCACAUCAUUCGGCGUCAAAUUCGUUUCAAUAGUAAAACCAUACAUUACCAUGAUGCAAAUGACACAAUUCACACUCAUGACCGUCCAAGCCACAUACGACACAUACGUGAACUUUAAUCACGGAAUGUGGAGCAAGACACAGGGUUACCCAUUAGCUCUGUCAGUCAUCCUACUAGUAUACAUGCAAACUAUGCUGGCACUGUUUGCCAAUUUCUUUAGACAGGAUGCCAAGAGGAGGAGUGCGGAGAAAAAGAAGACUGCUGCUGUGGCUGCUGCAAUUGAUAGCAGCAGUAGUGGUAGUGCUGGUAGAGAGGUUAAGAAUCAUCCGUUGGAAAAGAGUGAUUCGGGCUUUGCAAAGGAGGAUUAG